GAAACUUCGAAAAAUCCCCUCUCCAGCUUUUCGAAAUCACAAAGUGAGGUUAGGAAGAAAAACAACAAACAAAAAUCUGAAGAUUUAUUUUUUACCAUUCUCAGAGGAUUUACAACAAUUUUAGAGUAAAAAGUGAAUUAAAAGCAAUACCAAAGCCGAACAAAAUGAAAAGAAUAUUGACAGGAGCUAUAGCCAUUUCAAUUAUUGCACUAUUUGCUGUCGAAGUCAGCACUGAGAGCAAACUGAAGAUUGGGAUAAAGAGACGUGUGGAGAAUUGUUCCCUGAAGACGAAGAAGGGAGAUCUGGUCCAUAUGCACUACACUGGCACCCUGGAAGACGGCACUGUGUUCGACAGCAGCGUAGACAGAGGCCAAUACUUCACAUUUACAUUGGGAACUGGACAAGUAAUCAAAGGAUGGGAUCAAGGAUUGCUGGGUAUGUGCGAAGGUGAGAAGCGAAGGCUAGUGAUCCCUCCUCAUCUUGCCUAUGGGAAAAGAGCCAUGGGAGACAAAAUUCCAGCUGAUUCAACGCUAAUCUUUGAAGUGGAACUCUUUAAAAUUGAACGAAAAACCGAACUUUAAGGAAAUACAAAAAGAAAAUGCCCCAGAUAAAGCUAAUAAAGCUCACAUGCUACAAAA